ACUUUAGAAGCUAAUUAGCUAGCUUUUUCAUCAUAAUCUUCUUCUUCUAAACAAAAAAAAAAAAAAAAAAAGAAAAUGGCUGCGAAAAAUUAUGUGAUCAUUUGGUUGGUUGCCAGCUUCUUAGUGUGGCUAACUCCAACACCAUCCCACUGUGCGGAUCCGGAUCCACUUCAGGACUUUUGCCCCGCGGAUUUGAAUUCUCCCAACUUUGUAAACGGGUUCCCAUGCCGGAAUCCGUCUACUGUGACGUCAGAUGACUUCUUCUUCGACGGUUUCAAUAGGGUAAAGGGAACCCAGUUUGAUCUCUUUGGGCUCAACUCUACUUUUGGAGAAGUGACCACAUUUCCAGGCUUAAAUACACAAGGAAUCGCCCAGAACCGAAUCCGAAUCCGCGCUGGCGGGAUCAACCAACCUCACAUUCAUCCCCGGGCAACCGAGUUGUCCAGGAUGGAUGAAGGAGCGUUGUUCGUAGGUAUAAUAACAACUGCUGGGAAAUUUUAUUCCAAAAUUGCCCGCAAAGGAGAGAUGUUCGUGGUACCUCGAGGGUUGCUUCAUUUCGAACUCAAUAUUGCAAAAGAGACCGCAACAUUUUUUGCUAGUUUCAACAGUCAAAAUCCAGGGGUAAUAAGGUCAGUUCCGGCUCUCUUCAAUUCAACGCCUCCGGUUCCGAUUGAAGUACUGACGACAGCAUUUCGGGUGAAUAAAAACAUCAUUGAGUCAAUCAGAGCUAACGUUACUGCUGAAUUGGUCAAAAACGGAUAUCUCAAGCCGUAACAUCCAUAUCCUUAUAUAUAAAUUAAUAAAUAUAUGCUCGCGGGGAAUUAAGUCCGAAAUAAAUAAACUUAUAUGAAUAAUAUUGAUUUAUGCCCGCGGGGGGAAGAUGCUUAUAAAAUAAUUAGACGGGCUUUAUGUGAUUUAGUUUCAUCAAACCCUAAUUUAAGUCCGAAAUUUGUAAUAUAAUAUUGUGGCAGCUUGUGUAAGAAAACUCGUCAAAGGGUUAUUUAUCUGUGUUUUUCGUUUAUUAUUAUUCUCUUGUUGUGUGA